AUGACGGAGCAACCCGUCGCGGCCGACCGACGAGCCCGGCAGCAUCGAUCUGCUCCCCCUUCUGCCAGUGCCACUGCCGUCGCCGCCGCCACCGUCGCCAGCACCACCGCCCAGUGGCUCCGCGAUAGCCCGCGGUUCCCGGCCUUUGUCGCACCGGGGAGGCCCCGGGUGCUUGUGGUCACCGGGUCGUCGCCGCGCCGGUGCAGCGACCCGGACGGCGAACACUUGCUGCUCCGGGCGUUCAAGAACAAGGCGGACUACUGCCGCGUCCACGGCUUCGACAUCUUCUACAACACCGCGGUGCUCGACACCGAGCUGUCGGGGUUCUGGUCCAAGCUGCCGCUGCUGCGGACGCUGAUGCUCGCGCACCCGGAGACGGAGCUCCUGUGGUGGGUGGACUCCGACGUGAAUUUCACCGACAUGCUCUUCGAGCCGCCGUGGGACAAGUACGCCGGCCACAACCUCGUGCUCCCGGGCUCGGAGGAGAAUGUGUACACCAUCAAGAGCUGGAUCGGCAUCAACGCCGGCAGCUUCAUCAUCCGCAACUGCCACUGGUCGCUGGACCUGCUCGACGCGCUUGCGCGCAUGGGCCGCACGGCCCCGUGGGGCGACAAGACGUUCCUCGAGAGCUCCUACUGCCUCAGCGGCUUCUGGGCCUACAUCGUGGACAGGUUCGAGGAGAUGCGGCGGGAUUCGACGACCCCGCCGGAGCCCGGCCGGUGGCCGCUGACGACGCACUUCAUGGGGUGCAAGCCGUGCGGCGGGGACGACUCCACCUACGACGCCGCUUGGUGCCGGCGCUCAAUGGAGCGUGCUCUCAACUUCGGCGACGACCAGAUACUGAACCUUUAUGGGUUCAAGACGCUCAACACCACCGCCGUGCGGUGCGUCCGGAACGACACUGGCGGGCCGCUGGACGCGGGCGACGAGGAGCUCGGCCGGCUCUUGCAUCGCACGUUCAGGGCUGCCAACUUGUGA